UCAAUCCAACACCUGGUCCACAGUAACUUGAACUCAAAUCAAUGGCUAAGAAAGGUGGCGCAUCCACCGAUAAGAAGGCCGCUGACAAAAAGAGUGGAGGGAAGAACACCUCCGCAACCAAGGAUGACGACUCUGCAGACAAGAAGGGAAAGGGUAAUGUUUUGAAGGCAGCAACGGCGGUGAACGUCCGUCACAUCCUAUGCGUAAAGCAGUCCAAAGCUCUCGAGGCCCUGCAGAAGAUUCAGGAGGGCCAACGAUUUGAUAAGGUGGCCCAAGAGUACUCCGAGGACAAGGCCAAAGCUGGCGGGAGCUUGGGCUGGAUGGUCCGCGGAUCUAUGGUGGGGACAUUCCAAGACGCCGCUUUCGCGCUUCAGCCCUCCACCGUGGAUAAGCCCAUAUUGUCGCCUCUCGUGAAGACCCAGUUUGGUUAUCACAUCAUUAUGGUGGAAGGAAGGAGAUAGUACCUCUUGAGUCACUAUCCUGAUGCCCGUUGCGCAACCUACUUCUGUGUCAUCACAUUAACAACCGACGUUGACUUGUUAUGCAACGCUGUCUAAUGACUUU